AUGGGUUCCCAGAGUGGGUACUACACUUCUCGGUACUUGAGUGAGAACCGAGAUCGAUUAGUGAAAGAAGCUAACGCCAAACCACAGCAAACGGCAUCAGCAUGGCAUACUAUAGACACUGGAAGGGCAUACGACACUUUUGUUGAUAAUAGCAGUUAUAACAGUAGAUACGACUAUAAUAACGACGCUCGAACACCAAGCUCACCUACAUAUCAAGGGUACGGGUAUAGUAACAACUAUAACUAUAACAACAAUAGUAACUCACAAAGCCCAUCCUCAAAUUAUUCCAAUAAACUGUUACCUCCAAGACCACCAAACCUGGCACCCAAGACAGUCAAGUUUAGCAGCCAGGAACAAAUCCAAACGUAUACUCGAGAGCCAAGUAUCCAAUCGUCGUCGGUACCUUCUGUUCGCAGUCCAGAUUAUAGAGAUCGUCAUUUUAACUAUAGAACUGGGAGAGUGCGAAACAUAAGUGAUGAUAAUCGGUAUGGUCUACCUAGUGUGGAGAAAAAUAAUGAUAAUAAUUAUGGGAUGCCAAAGGAGAUUAUACUUGAUGUUGAAGAUGCAAAUGAUUUAAAGGCGGAGAUAACUCCUCAAGAACUUAGUUUACUACAACAAGGAAACUACGCCAGUGGUGAUGCUGCUCCCUUUGCAGUGAUCCAAUCAGAAAAUGAUAAAUCAAGAUACUCUGGGUAUUACAUGAACCAGAAGAAAAGGUAUGAUGAAUCGCAGUUUAUUAAACCGAAUCAAUAUACUCCCAAAACGUUUCGUGAAGUGUUUAUUGAUGAAACUGCCAAUAGUAACAAGUAUAACCCUAUUGAGGUAGUUUUUGAUUCUCCAGAAGAACCUUCCAAUGAAUCAGUGAUGAAAAGAACAACUAGAAAUGUUCUGAAUAUAUUCAGAAGCAAUAAGAAUGAUAAUAGGAAUAAUGCUGCUAAUUAUAAACCAAAACAAGAUAGUUCUGCUAAAAUUGUGUUUCUAGAUGACCCUGAUGAUUAUAUUACUGAUGAAGAAGAUGAAGUGGUACUGGUUGCACCAAAAACUACUGAAGCACCAGUUGUAGCUCCAUCUGCAGCACCAGUUUUAGCACCAGUUGAAACUCAGACUGCUUUGGCACCAGCAGCUUCUAUUUAUUCUGCUGAUGCUCUUUCAACAACAAACCCAGUAGUUUCACAGCCCGUGGUAAUGCCAACGACUGUAUUUGAUAAUAAUGCAGUACAAAAACCAUCCAAGACUUCCAAAUUCAGAAGAGCCAUGAGAGAGAAACUUAGUAGAGCAAAACAUGAUUUACAUCAAGAUCAUAAGGAAUACAUGAUCCGUCAAGCAAUUCUUGAGGAUCAAUUGGAUGAUGAAGAAAAGCUCGCAAAAGUACAAGAAGAAGAAGAAAGAAUGAUCACGGCUGCAAUCAGUGAUGAAAACGAUAAGAGUGAUACAAGGUCUAUAUCAUCCGGGAGAUCUGUUAGGUCCACGUCUUCUGCCACUUCAGCCAAAUCAAAUAGGUCAGAUAAAUCUGCAACAUCAGCAAAGUCUCCCAAAUCAGCCAAGUCGUCUAUGUCUACCAGAACAAUCAAGACAUCAAAAUCAACUUCGUCCAAAGGAUCUAUGACGAAGCUGAAAGAUCUGAAGCUGAAAGAUGGAAAGAAAAUUGUGGCCGAAAAGGUUUAUAAAGCAGGUCCUAAUCCCGAAUUUUCUCCAGCUUGGAAUUAUUUGCUUUCCUGGAUAACAUAUGAGCAGCCUAACCUUGUUGAGAUCAAGGAAGGCAAGGAAGAAGGCAAGGACAAGGACAAGUGGAAAAAGAAAGAAAAGGUUAAAGAAAAGGAUAAAGAAAAGGAUAAAAUAAUUGAAGUGGUGAAGUCUGGUGAUAAAGUGAUAACUGAAACAAAAGAAACAAAAGAAGAAGAAGAAAGACGAGAACGGUUAACUCACAAAAUGGCCAAAGCUAUUUUGAAACCCAAUGUUCCUUCUCAAUAUGAUUAUGAUAGUAGGAAACGAUAUGAAGUGGUACGAAAGAACUUAACUGCCAUUGGAAGAUAUUGGAAUGAGCCUGUAAAUAGAUUUGGUGUAAAGAAAGGUACUAUUACACCAAAGGUUAGAAGAAGAAAAUCUCAACGGGUUUUAAUUGAAUAUCCUGAUGGGACAUCUGAAGAAUUUGUUAUUGAUAUACCUGAAGGAGUUGAAAUGAGUGAUGAAUAUAUUACAAAAUAUUUACAACAAUUAUCAGCAACUAGAAGUCGUUAUGAUCCAAUUGAUACCAUGACUCCCUUGAGUAUGGGUAUGGGUAUGAGGGGUGCACAAGUACCAAUAGGAGGAGUCAUUCCACCUAAUGGAGAUAUAGUCGAACCGAUUGUUGACGUUGGAGGAACUCCGGUAUUAUCUCGAAGUAAUUCUUACGGGAGUGUACCUCCAUCACCAUCUAUUAGAUCAAGAAAAUCAUCUUAUUCAAUCUAUAACCCUGACCCAAGGGUUGCUUCCAUUAGAUCAGGUACUCUGAAUGAUUCGUAUUAUUAUACGCAACCGUCUUGGUGGCCUCAAAUUGGAAGUUUUGGUGGUGGGCCUGCAAUGAUAUUUUCCAACAUUGAUCAAUUAAUAAAGUCUGUUAAGCUUUUCCGAGUGGUGUUUUCACCAUUAGAUGAUAUUUUAAUGUCAUUUCCUUUCCCAGCAGUACAAGCACUUGUGGUUUUAGUUGAGUUAUUAUUUUUGGCAUUCAUGGCUUAUGAGUUGAUUAUACUUGUUGAUAGUGUUUGCAUGAUCAUAAAAUCACUAUGUUCUCCAAUCAUAGCCAUUGGACUGGUAUUGACUACUAGAAAGGAAUAA